AUGUCAUUCAUAUCUUCAUUACGGACCCUCUACCUGGCGUGGUCUCAAUCAACGCCGCUCCCAAUCCUGCUAGAUGCGUCAGCGACUUUCCAAUCCUGGCACACCUUCAACGAGGACAACGGAAAAUGGACGCGACUAUAUGUACAGGCACCAGAACAACAAAAUGAUCCAAGCCUUGGCACUCAGCCUGGUAAAUCCACAUCGCGAGAGCCACUACCUCGGACCCUGACGCUGGCGACGUGGAAUGUAGAUGCCUUUGGCAAGCACCAUGAAGCCCGCAUGGACGGCAUCCUCUCAGCCCUCCAGUCCCACAACCAAGUGCCUGACGUCGUUUUCUUCCAAGAAGCCUCGCACAAGGCACUGAUAUACCUGCUCAGCAAUGCGCGGGUCCGCGAAGGGUGGAUAUUGAGUGAGGCAGACGACACCAACUGGGCGGGAGUGCAGUUCGCCACACUGACGAUGCUCUCAAGGGCCCGAUUCAGAUCGUUCACGAGCCCCGGCAUGUUGGCUUCCGCCCUGUGCAAUCCAUUUUCUGCCGGCCCCGUGUGGCGGGUUAAAUACCCGACCCGCUUUAAGCGCGACGCUUUGUGUUGUGAUGUGUUCUAUCAGAACACCCGCAUCCGCCUCGUGAAUGUCUACCUAGACUCACUUCCCGUCCAGCCGAACCAGCGCCCGCGCCAGGUUGAGAUCGCAGCCAGUCUCAUCAAGCACGCCGGUGUGGGCUGUGGACUGGUGGCGGAGAUUUCAAUCCCGUAUCAGAAGAAGACGCGUCGCUGGUGUCAGAGAAUGGCUUGGUCGAUGUGUGGGAGAUGA